CAGUCGAGGGACAUUACGAAAAGCAGACCUGCCAUUGUGCCGUUUGGUGGCGGUGGGGUUUGAACUUCCUGGCCUGGUCUGCAAGCCUACGUCAGCGCGCGCUCGUCACGUUACUGUGCCAGGACCACGUCUACAGCCAGCAACACACGCACACCAUGUUACCUUGCCAACGGCUAAUACAGUCGCGUACAUUCAUCAUAGCAACCAGGCCUAGGGUAGCAGCGUCCCUGUUUACACAGUCCCUUCUUUCGAGUAACAAAAUUUAAGCCGCAGGAACUCUAAAUACAAAUGAGUGAACUCGUGGAAUAUAAUCCCGUGGAAGAUGUACAGCAUGAGGAGCAUAUUCAUCAUCGAUGUCAUCCGUUGCACCUAACCUGGGUGUCUGGAUUCAAUCCACGGGUGUCGCUGCUGAACGUCAGUACGUCCCGUGACCGAAAGGAGCUUGUGCUGGCAUCGGGGAAUGCGCUCCUCUUCUACUGCUAUGACGGGGAACGAGAGAAGAUAACGCCAGUGAUUGGGCAUAAAAAUGUUGUCAAUAUGAUUGGAUGUGACGAAAGCGGGCGCUUUGUGGUUAGUUCCGACUGUUCCUACUGCAUCAAUGUGUGGGAUAGACAAGCUGGUGGAGGAGAAAGUCAUCAUCAUCCGAUUGCGAUCAGGACCAUUUUUGAGCCUUUCAAAGCAAAUGGCGACAUUGGGGCAGUUUCACUGAGCUGCGAUGGAAAAUACCUGCUGGCAGGGGGUGGAAUACCCAAUGAGCAGGGCAGUCAGCUGAAGCUAUGGUCCUGGACGGUUGGAAAUGAUUUCCCUGAUGAUUCUAUCGCGCUUCCCACUCGUUUGGGACGCAUCAAGGCCAUCCAUUUCUGUCCAGACCGUGGACGUCGCAACCAGUUUGUCGUAACACUGGACAGCGGAGUCGUGUUCGGUGCGUGGGAUUGCAAGGAACAGAAGCUGUCCAUCCAAGUCCCGAAACGGCACGGCUUUCAGGACUACAACGAUACCGUGUUUGUGGAGCGUACGGAUCGGGCAGUAUCGGUGACCGGGGCAGGUAUGGCUGUGCUGUGGAGCAACGAUCGGAAGUUUUCCGAUGCACAGGAAGGGGGUGUACAGCGGAAGGAAUUCCUCAAAUAUCUGCACCUAAAGUACGCUUCGAUCAAUGUGGUGCGAUCGUGUGACGAGAAGAUCGUUACCGGAGAUGAUGAUGGGGAGAUUCGCUUCUACGACAACUCCAUGAAGAUAUUGUACUGGUUUAAGCAGGAAGAUCUGGAACCGAUAAGGACACUUUCGUUUGAGCUGGUGGAAACACGCCGAUGGAAGCAACCGGCUGAACCGAUCGAAGGAGAUGAUCAAACCCCGAAAGAAGAAUCAACCGAAAAGAAGGUGGUACUGAACAUCGAGGAUAUCGCACCGAAGGAUGUUUCGUUUGAUGCACGGCCGGUAAUUGUACGCGGGUUUGUGUCGGCAACCAAGUCGGGCAAAAUCUACGACAUCGACAUAGUGUACAACAAGAUACAGGAGCUGUUUCUACAGUCACCCAGUAUCAUUACAGCCUUCGACGUCCAUUCGGCAAGAUCCGAACUUUGCACUUGCGACGGCAAUGGACGGUUCGUUGUGUAUGAUUUAAAAACGAAAUCGAUGAGAUUAGCGCUCGAUGUACCGAUCCAGCGGACUCGUCGAGGCAGAAUCACCACCCUUGCCUAUUCUCCCUGUGGAACAUUUUUGGCCGGUGGUGCUGAAAAUGGGUUUCUUUGGAUGGUGGAACCUAAUCUUAUGAUACUUGCCGGCAGCAGUCCGCUGCAGUUUACCAGUGAAAAGAUCCGCUUGGUGUUGUUUUCUCUAGACAGCAAACAUUUGGUUUGUGUGGACGAAAGCAAUACAAUCACACUUCUGCAUCGCGAAAAGGACGAUUGGCAAGUGAUGGGAAACUGCGCUACUCAUAGGCUGGUAGAUCUGGCGUUCCUUAGUGCCACUGAUUUUGUGUCCAUCGGUGAGGAUCGGUACAUGGUACAGUACACCAUAAACACCGAUGAGAUGUUACAACUCGAAGCUGUUUCCAUCGUCAAAAGGAGAAGGAUCGAACAGUCCGCCUAUCCGACAGCACUACUCGUUUUACCCGGUGGUAGUCAGAUUCUGGUUGCCAAUGAUCAACUAAAGUUCAAGAUGUUCCAUGGCAGAUCCUUCGAGAUAUUGCACACCUUUUUGGCACCCUUUCACGAUGGGCCAGCACGCUGUCUUAGGCAACUUCCUGGUGAAGAUUACUUCCUGUUCAUUACAAACAAUAACAUCUACGUACAUCACCUUCCGAUCGACGGAAAUCCGUUCAAAUAUCUGGCAGUUCGAGGACAUCCAAAACGGUUGAAAGGACUGCAAGUUGCUUGGACGGUACGAUGUGCCUUCACUUUCGGGGAAGGCGAUCACGCGGUUAGCAUGUGGAAGAUUAACACUAGUCCCCUGUUUGAUAAUUUAAAGCAUGCUGGAACGGGCCUUGAUCCUUUCUGUACGCUUCUUCCGGGUGGAAAGAGAGGUUGCUAUGUGCGCGAGAUUUUGAGCCUGUUUUUCUACAACCAAAUCUCACCGAAGAAUAGCGAUGGCGAUGCGGAGCUUACACUCAGAGACGCUAUGAAUGUACAGGAUGUGCCGAACUAUCUGCGUAGCAUUGGGUUCCACAUGUCCGAGUACGAGGAACAGAACCUUUGCAAAGAGAUGGAGCUUACCGGUACGUACUUUCUGACCUUUGAGGAGGUGUUGAAGCUUUUCCUCAACCAUCGCACAGCUGCUGGUGGUCCACCAACUUCGGAAGAUGUUCGAACAGCCGUCACUUAUGUUGGCGCCACUACAUCAUCCGGUAAAGUAGAUCUGGUACGGUUAAUCACGCUGCUGGCGAGUAUGGGUGAGCCAAUGGAGCCGAAAACAACCGAGGCGUACUGCAGAAUACUUUUCCCCGCCGCCUUUGAAGCGAACGAACAGGACGGUAGUCCAGCACCGGAGUGUGGCACGGGUGAAGAUUGCACUAACUAUAUCGCCAUCGACGAGUUUGCCGAUAGGCUUUGCUGAACUAUCUUUGGGAUGGACAAAGAACGACACACCGUGCGGGGAGCAUUCGUUUUGCGUCAAUCUUUAUUAAUCUUUAUUCAAUGUCAAUUGUCAAUUGUAUACAUGUUUUGUGUUCGCUCUUAAAGGUCCUACAUAACAAUAAGGAAGGCUUAACACUAUGAUACCCUAGCUCCUAGGAAGAAAGAUUGUUGAUGAGUAUCGGAGUCAGAUAGGGAUUUGACGAAUGAAAGAUCAUCGCUUGAUUUCGAUGUCAAGGUCCAUCGGCUACAAAAAGAAAGGAAGAACUAGUGGCACUUGAGAAAGAUGGGUCACAAUCCACGGAACGGAGACCAUCAUCAUUGGUUGCGCGUUGUUUCUACGGGAUGGAUGAUGACGAUGAUGAUGCUUUGGAAUGGAAUGGCAGAAUAUGGCCCGAUCGAGCAAAUGUCCCGUCGGGUUGUUAACAGUGAUCUUUGCACACUAUCGUCAUCGUUGUGGGAAGGACAUUGCAUGAAGCUACUAUACCGAUUCGUGACUAUAAAGAUAUAUCGCUGCGCAUCGUGAGAGUGUAAAUCUAUUCAUCUUUCCCCUAAAUCUUGUUAAUCCUAUAUCCUAGCUCCUAGUUUUGAGAAUGUGGCUGUGUUUGUCCGAGUCUCGGGUGAGCAUCUAAAUCCCUGUUGUUUCCCGAACCGCUCCGAAUGUGCGCACACGCUACCGCGUGAAGGCAUGAUUGGCAUGCUCUCGGAUCGAUCCGGGGAAGAAGACCGGAUCGUGCAGCUCAACCGGAGACACUGACCGAUUUAGCUUACUGAGUAAAAUCACAAAUAUUCCUUUCAUUUCCAUAUACUAUUUACCUUUACUUCUCUCCAUUACCGUGGGCAUUUUAAUCCCUCUCAGCUGAUACAGUAGUAUUAUGCUGCUUUGUUGUUGAUGUUUGUUUCUCCCAGUUUCUCCAAUAUUCCUAGUUUAUAAAUUCAUGCUCUUCGUUUGUUUCACACCUCUGUUUUGGUCCACCUGGUUCAGAAACAGGGGACAGUUGCUUAUGACUUGCUUGUGUUUGUUUGCUUGUUUGUUUUGUUAUCAUUCUUUUAAACAUAAAACUCUUAUACUCUACCGAGUUUCAUUCAGAUAGUGCAUAUUAUGUGUAUCAAAAUAUAUAGAUGUAUAUAUGAAAAAGUAA